AAGUUAAACUUCACUCUUUCACUGGCUGAUCAUCAGGCAACACACACACACAAACACACACACUCGCGAUGCCUGGAAAGAAAGUGUGCAUCAUUGGCUCUGGAAACUGGGGUUCGGCCAUCGCUAAGAUCGUGGGCCACAAUGUGAAGUCUUCGAACCGCUUCGAGCCGCUGGUGAAGAUGUGGGUUUACGAGGAGAUGAUCGACGGACGCAAACUCACCGAGAUCAUCAACACCGAACACGAGAACGUCAAAUACCUGCCCGGACACAAGCUGCCUAAAACUGUGGUGGCGGUUCCUGACGUGACGGAGGCGGCGAGCGGAGCAGAUUUCCUGAUCUUCGUCAUUCCUCAUCAGUUCAUCGUCAGAGUGUGUGAUCAGAUGAAGCCGCACGUCAAGCCUGGAGCCAUCGGCAUCUCUCUCAUUAAAGGUAUCGACGAGGGUCCGGACGGCCUGACUCUGAUCUCUGACAUCAUCAGGGCGAAGCUGGAGAUCGAGGUGUGUGUUCUGAUGGGCGCAAACAUCGCCAGCGAGGUGGCCGACGAGAAGUUCUGCGAGACCACCAUCGGAGCCACUAAUGAAGCCAGCGGUAAGCUCUUCAAGGAGCUUCUGCAGACGCCAAACUUCCGCAUCACUGUGGUGAAGGAAAGCGACACGGUGGAGCUGUGUGGAGCGCUGAAGAACAUCGUGGCGGUGGGCGCAGGCUUCUGUGACGGUCUGGGUUUCGGGGAUAACACUAAAGCCGCAGUGAUCCGGCUGGGGCUGAUGGAGAUGGUGGCGUUCUCCAAACUCUUCUGCAAGAGCAGCGUUUCCUCCGCCACCUUCCUGGAGAGCUGCGGCGUCGCUGACCUCAUCACCACAUGCUACGGCGGACGCAACCGCCGCGUCGCUGAGGCCUUCGCACGCACACAGAAGUCGAUAGCGGAGCUGGAGGCAGAGAUGCUGAACGGACAGAAGCUGCAGGGUCCACAGACAUCAGCGGAGGUCUACAAGAUCCUCCAGAAGAGGAACAUCACCGACAAGUUUCCACUGUUUGUCUCCGUCUAUCAGAUCUGCUUUGAGGGUCGGCAGGUGAAGGACUUCAUCAACUGUCUGCAGAAUCACCCAGAACACAUGUGAUGACACACACACACACACACACACACACACACACACACACACACACACUACAGAGCACUCCAUCACACUCAUCACUAACGAGCGAGGAUGAUGAUGAUGUGUUUCCAGGACUGUAUCGCUGUUAAACGCACACACACAGAGACCUGCUGCAGCACAUGUGGAUCUUUAUUCAGAAAAGCAGGUCAUAUUUCAACACAGUCAAUAAAAGCCACGCUGCUUAUUAUUA